AGGGGAGGGCAACAGAGAGAGAGUGAGAGAGAGGGAGACAUGCCAUAGCCACUUGAUUAUUCGUUCCCCUCAAACAGGAGCAGACCCUCGGUAGCUGAUCGGCCUCAGGAUGAACCGCAGACCGCUGGCAGUUCACUGCAACAGCCGCCCUGCGGGUUACACCGACAGCCCCAGAGCCAGGAGCCGGGACAACCUGCUGAUGUGCGAUGACUUUGGAGAGGAAUACUGUUGCUCUGGACGGUGCCUCGGCCACAGCAGCUCUGAGAGACAGCUCAUGGCUCGUCUCACUGCUGUUAAGCGACGCCAGGCUCUCCGAGGUCCUGCCUACAUGUUCUCUGGUCCCUCAGUCAGCCUGUCAGAGGUUGAGCAGCGUUUCCUGGAGGCAGCUGAAUACGGCAACAUACCAGAGGUGCGCCGCAUGCUGCUCCACGUGCCCAACUUGAACGUCAACACUGUGGACUACAUGGGCCAGAACGCACUGCAGCUAGCUGUGGCCAACGAGCAUCUGGAAGUGACGGAGCUGUUGCUGGGGAGGGCAGAUCUGGCCAGAGUGGGGGACGCCCUCCUCCUGGCCAUCAGUAAAGGUUACGUUCGUAUCACAGAGGCCCUGCUGAGUCACCCUUCAUUUAGAGAUGCUCAUCGUCUAACAGCCAGUCCAGCUCAAGCUGACAUGUUGGACGACUUCUAUGCUUAUGAUGAAGACGGGACAAGGUUUUCUCACGAUGUGACUCCAGUGAUACUUGCAGCUCACUGUCAGGAAUACGAGAUAGUUCACACCCUGCUGAGUAAAGGGGCCCGCAUCGACCCACCUCAUGACUACUUCUGUGGCUGCGACUCGUGUAACUACCAGCAGCAGUUUGACUCCUUCAGCCACUCGCGAUCGAGGAUCAACGCCUACAGAGGACUCGCCAGUCCUGCCUACCUCUCCCUGUCUAAUGAGGAUCCAGUGCUGGCAGCCCUGGAGCUCAGCAACGAACUGGCCAUGCUGGCUAAUAUUGAGAAAGAGUUCAAGAACGAUUACUGCCGCCUGUCGAGUCAGUGUAAGGACUACGUGGUGGGUCUUUUGGAUCUGUGUCGCAGCACAGAAGAAGUGGAGGCCAUACUGAAUGGACAGACGGACUCUGAAGACAGCUAUGAUGUACCAGGUCGCCCCUCGCUCACACGGCUCAAAUUAGCCAUCAAAUACGAACUCAAGAAGUUUGUAGCUCAUCCUAACUGCCAGCAGCAGCUGCUGAGUAUCUGGUAUGAAAACCUGCCUGGACUGAGACAACAGACCACUGCCAUCAAACUGCUGGUGGUGCUGGGGGUGGCUAUAGGACUACCUGGACUAGCUGUGGCUUACUGGGUCACCCCAUGCAGCAGAGUGGGGAAAGUGAUGCGCAGCCCUUUUAUGAAGUUUGUGGCUCAUGCUUCAUCCUUCACAAUUUUCCUGGGUCUCCUCAUCCUGAACGCUGCUGACCGUUUCGCAGGCACCACCCUGUUACCGACCAUGACCCAUCAUCACCACCCAGACAGUGCACAACUCAACUCUGACCCGCUGCUGCUCUACCGCAUGACUACAACACCCUUCACCUGGAUGGAGAUCCUCAUCAUUUCAUGGGUCAUGGGCAUGAUUUGGGCUGAGGUGAAGGAGAUCUGGAGUCAAGGACCAGGGGAGUAUCUGGUCGAACCGUGGAACUUGCUGGACUUUGGGAUGCUGGCGAUCUUCCUUGCCUCCUUCAGCUGCCGAUUUUCUGCUCUGAGACAUGCUGACUUAGCCCAGACCUAUGUGUACACACACUACACAACACUGAAUAAUGUCACACUGCCCCCCGAGAUACACUACUUCACUCUGGCACGUAUCUCCUGGUUGCCGUCAGAUCCUCAGCUGGUAUCAGAAGGCCUCUAUGCAGUCGCAGUCGUGCUGAGCUUCUCUCGGAUCGCGUACAUCCUUCCAGCCAACGAGAGCUUCGGUCCACUGCAGAUCUCUUUAGGGAGGACCGUCAAGGACAUCUUCAAGUUCAUGGUCAUCUUCAUCUUGGUCUUUCUGGCCUUCAUGAUCGGCAUGUUCAACCUGUACUCCUACUACCUGGGGGCGAAGCAGAACGACGCCUUCACCACCCUGGAGGAGAGCUUCAAGACAUUGUUCUGGGCUAUAUUUGGCCUGUCUGAGGUCAGGUCCGUUGUAAUCAACAACGGGCACAAAUUCAUCGAGAACAUUGGCUAUGUGCUGUACGGGGUUUACAACGUUACCAUGGUGAUAGUGCUGCUGAACAUGCUCAUCGCCAUGAUCAACAGUUCCUUCCAGGAGAUUGAGGAUGACGCUGACGUUGAGUGGAAGUUUGCUCGGGCAAAACUUUGGUUCUCCUACUUUGAGGAGGGCAGGACUCUCCCUGUGCCCUUUAACCUGGUCCCCAGUCCUAAAUCCAUGCAGGGACUGGCCUCAGCCAUCAAGUCUCUGCUCCUGCAGUUUGUAGAAGGACACAGUCAGGAGAAAAUUGAGACACAACUCAACCAGCUUGGGGUGGACAAAAAUUCAGGAUAUGGUGCUUCUAGCAGCCCAACAAGGUAUCAGAAGAUCAUGAAGCGACUGAUAAAGCGUUACAUCAUCAAAGCCCAAGCAGACAGAGAGAGUGACGAGAUCACUGAAGGUGAACUGAAAGAAAUAAAGCAGGACAUCUCCAGCCUGAGAUAUGAGCUGCUGGAGGAGAAAUCACAGAACAUGGAGACGCUUGACGGACUGUUGAAGAGGCUGGAAGAGAUCAGCACACCUUCAUCGUAGCACUGCCAGCUGUCCUGAGUUCUUUUAACUGUCUUUAAUACUGUGCAGCUCAAAGAGCCUGUUCUUUGUCACUGAAUGUAGAUACACUAACACAGUGACAAACCAUUACUAAGAUCAAAUAAGAAUGAACGUAUGUGAAUACACAAUUAAAAUGUAACUGGCUGAUUGGGUCCGUAUAUUUAUCUGGCAAUUGGAUUUUCCGUUCUGAAACGUGUAUUGAAAAACAAAAAACGAGUGGUUAUUUGAUUUUCGUUUCAAAAUACAAAGAUUAAAAUUGAAAUACAAGACGUUUUUCCUUUUCAUGAUCAAAAAGGGAUGUACGAAAUUUUAAAAAUGCUUUGAUUUUCAUUUUAUAUUUAGAAUAACAAAAAAUAAAAUCAGUAACAGACGGAAACGAAAAAAGGUCAGUUUUUUUCAUUUUCUGAGACCGGAAGUGGUCAUCAGCAAGUGUGGAGCCAAACGACAACAAGAUUCUCAGAGGGCGGAGCCAGAGAGCAGUGAUUGAUCAGACCAUAGAUAUAUAUAAAAGACAGCGCGCUAACGUAUCUAGUCUAUAGCCGCGAUUCCACAAGUACCUACUCGGCGCGGUGCGGCUCGGCUCGUCUUUGUUUGCGAGCGUUUCCAUAUGAAUUAGUGCAUGGUAUCAGGCACGAUUUUCCGUACCUUCUUGGCUGAGGUUCCAAGCGAGAUGAAGUGAGCCGAGAUGUGACGUCUGCAUAGUGCAGGCCACUGAUUGGGCAGGAGUUCAGGCCACUGAUUGGACAGGGAGUGACGACAAACAAGAGCGACUCCAGCACGAAAACAAAACCGGCAUUUAAAAAAAAACUAAACAGCGACGGUGUGCAUUGCUCUUCACGGACCUCUCUGUUCUUCAUAAUUUUAAUAUACAUCUAUGGUCGGCACGUCUGGUAGCAUCUCUGGCUGCUGUUGACCUUGUUUUUGGAGUAAAACACGGUAAGAAGAUAAAUACUUCUAACCAGUAGCGUUGUUUUGUUGUACGUUAAGUCAGCGACUUGUGAAGAGUUGUGUUUUGUCCUGUUUGAGCAGUUGGUCCGGACGCGUUAGCUAGCUAAGCGGCUAAGUUAGCUAGCGGGCUAAUUAACACAGGUGGCUAACUUACCGCUGAACACCUGUGUUAGUUGCUGCAGCAGCUGUCCUCAUUAUUAGAAUCACCUUCUCAACCUGUGUUUCUCUGCUGUGUAUUUUAUCUUUGAAAAAAGUUAUUUUACUUCAAGGUUAACUGAAACCCGUUGAGCUGCGCUGAAGCUUAACAUUCAGCUGGUUUGAAUUAAACCCCGUUUAACUUAACAUUGUGCAACAUUACCUCUCUGAAUCUCCAUAAUUUCAUUAAAUUCCUUCUCUCUUCCACUGCUCAAGUUCAAUCCAGUAUAUAAUAUGACAUUAAUAGUGAAUAAACUAACAACCAGCCAUUGUAUUUAUUUAUUAUUGCAUGUAUUUGUAGUAAAACAUGAGUUGAAACAUCCUACUUUUGGAUCUAGAACUGCACAAGCCGUUCAUUUUCAGUCACCUGACGAGUUAAACUCCCCUUUUUAUGUGAGGCUGAAGCAGAAAGUCUGAGUUAACAAAGAAAGUUGUUUAUAAUUUGCGAUACCUGUUAUCUCUGACUGAAGCUUUAGUUUUUGUUGAGCUGAUUUACACGUAGAAACUUUGUUCAGGAAGAUUUCUCAGUAGCUCAGAGGACAGGCUGCUUUUUACACAACCUUGUAAGAGAAUGUCUGCCAAAGCUUUCAGCAGAAUUUAGAAACACAACACUUCCUAAACAGAUAUGUUGAGGCUGUGAGGUUGAACGUUUGAGAGUAUAUCAGUGUGUUUGUUUGUGGUCUCUCUGUUUCUAGGUGGAAGCUGAAUUAGUGAGGAUGACUCCUGCUCCUGUCAUCUCUAAGCUCCUCACACAUCUUUACCUGCACAUGAGGAAAAUCACUCCUGUAGAAUGCAGGUAUGUUUGUCAUUAUUAUAAAAAGAUGUUGCCUGGUGACCUGUCAGAAACCCAUUAUACAGAGUCAGCCAAAAUAAUGUUUACACACAUCAGGAAAAGAAAAACUUGCAUAAAUAUUUCAAUACCAAAUUUAUUCAGACAUCACGAGAUUAAUAAAAGUUGUCUUUGGCCUCUACAAUUACAAGAGAUGCUCAAAGUGGUGGCCACUGGCUUCCAGACAUUUCUGUUGUGUUGUAGACGUCACUUGUUGAUGCUCCAUUCAUGAGGGUAGCGCCAUCUGUUGGGAAAACAUCGUACAACAGGACACAGAGUUAUCGUGAUUUGAUCAAACUUAGAAAGAGGUAUCUAUAUGUGUACAAGUACUUAUAUAUAUGAAAUAUCUAUAAAAGUUUUGCUUUUCCUGAUGUGUGUACAUUAUUUUGGCUGACUCUGAACUUAAUGAGAACAAAACUGUCAUUUAAUUGUUGCUCUGAAAGCUUCUUUAGUGAAAACUGGCUGGUGUUCUGCUUUGAAACAAACUGCUGUUGAGGUCUGUGUUUUUAGGUUUAACCCCACAGUUUCUGAAUGAACUGAUAGUUGUUUUUUUCCCUGAUCAAUGUGGACGUUAUAAUUGAUGGUAACAUUUACUGAUCAUAUAAUCAGCAUGACAAUAUAACAGUAUAACAUUAUGACCACAUGACUAAUACUGUGUUGGUCUCUUUAUGCUGCUAAAACUCCUCUGAUCCAGUGGUUCAUCAGAACCUCUGGGGAUGUCCUGUGGAUUCUGUGGGUCCUGUGGGUUGCAGGGUGUGUCCUACCUAGACCAGGCUGAUCCUGGACCAUCCCACAGAUGCUCAAUCAGAUCUGGAUGUGGGGAGUGUGGAACCCAGAUGUUCAGAGGGAGAUGAUGCCACAUCUGGUCCAGCUGAUGGAAGGUCUUGAAGUUCUCUGACUGGCCUCGACUGAAGAUGGUCGUCUCACUGGAUUUAAGGUUCAGAUGCUCAGUAACAAACUCCACCAAUGAGCCAACAGGAAAGCUUUAGGUUUAUUAAAUGUUGCUAUGAAGGUUUCGCUGUUUUUCUUUGUGAAUGCAAUGUGCUCCAACUGAAACUUGAAUUACAACUUAGAAGUAAAUCCUUCCAUCUGAAAGGAUUUAGUUGCAUUAAUAACCUCAUAACAUUCUAAUUUUUAUUCCAGUCUUGGUUGGAAAUAGAAUCUCUGUAUUGAUUCAGGUAAAAACUGAACUUCACAGCAUGUUGGAGCAAAACAACCAGAUGAAAACUGUGAUGGUGUUGGAUUGUCAGACCAUAAUGUUGCAGCUCAAAGCAGCUUUUCGAGCUCAGUUCAUUCUGACAUUCAGCUAUGAAUCAACACAGCAGAUGGUGAUCCAUGCUGUGGAAGUCUCACAUCUCCUGAUUUAAUGGAGCUGCUUUGCACUUUUUACACUGUUUAUUCACCAACACUUUAUUUAAUAAAAGUCCCAUCUAGUUUUUAUGAGGAACGUGAUGUUUUAAUUUCUCUGUGAAUAACUGCAGUCUAAUGCAACAGCUGGAAUUGUAACAUCUGUCCUGAUAUUGAUCAUGAAGUAUUGAUCAGAAUACUUAUGGUUCGCUGUCAUCCCUGAAGUUUUACAUUAAAAUCUUUACUUGUGUUGUGAACUUUGGUAAGAAGCAGAAACUUUUGCAUUGCCAUGGAUACAUGAGUAUUAAAUUCUGUCCAUGUUUCCAUUUUGGGAAAUGCAGUCCAGUUCCAGAAUGUGGAGGAAUUUAGUCUCACAAUCACAGACAACAAAUAUUAUCUGAAAGUCGGGUUAUUGUUGUUUAUCAGCACAAUACAAAAAGAUUAAUGUUAGAAAUAUUCCAGUUAAGACUCUAGAAUAUCAUGAUUUAUGUAAAUUUACCUCAAUAAUAUGAAUGUUCAGGCUAAGAUUGUACAGUGAUAUUUAUUAUGUAAGUUUAGCUGAUUAAAGUUUAUGACUCUGCACUAAAAUAUUAUUUAAAUUGGCAUUAUUAUAAUAUUUAGGGUCAGACCCUACAGUAUUGAGAUUAAGAAAUCAAAUAUUCUAUAAAAUGUAAAUACACUGAACUCAUUGGGAUAUAUUGAAGUGAGACGCUACAAUAUUAUUUGACACAAAUCUAUCUAAAUCAAAAUUUUAAUAAUUUUCCACGCCAAACAUUUACUGGACUGAUUUAAAUAUUAAAAUCACUCCUUUCUAAUCCUCUGCUGUACGUUCAAACCUGAGGCCUGAAAUAGAAACACACAAGUAUCUGAUUGAAGGAACUUCUGCAGAGUCCUGGUUCCAGAACAUGAUGAUAGAAUUAUAGACAAACUUUAACAAAAGCUGCCUGAGAGUUUACAGGUUUUUAUGUUGGAUUUCUUCAGUAAUUUAAAGAGAAUUAUCAGCAAAAAUCAAGUGUUCAUUUGAUGAACUUCAUUUCCUAAAACAUACAGAAUUGGAGCUCAUAUCUUUGGCAGCUGUAAAGUUUCUGCUCCUUCAAAGUUCACAACACAAUGAAUGAAUUCCUAAAACACUCUCAAUGCUGGAGAGCGUUUGAUGCUGAAGCAGUGAGCAGUUUUUCUGUUUCUUCUCUGGAGAUGCACAAUGAGGGACGUCUGCAGAGACUGAGAAAGAGUCUCACCACAUCCUGACAUGAGGAAAAAGACUUUAUUGAAGACUACAAUGAGAAAAACUAUCAGACAGCAGACAGCAUGCAUUCAAGGUGAGCUCUGAACAUUUGAUCUGGAACAGGAAUUCAAUAACGGCAGCAUGAGCUUCAUUUCAGUCUGUAGCUGCUGAAUUCAUGGAUGAAUCAUCUGGCACUAGAGAAGAAGACCAUCAAACAUCCAUGUCAGCUGAUGGAGGUCCAAGAGUCUCACCAAACAACCAACCUACAGAGUGAAGACCUCAAAUCUGAUUGGACGGCCUCCUAUUCAGCCACAUGUGUGAACAAAUGCCUCUAAGUUGAUUUGUUUUCUAAAAUAAAUCUAGUUUGAGUCCUAA